AUGCACAACGGGAUUCAGAGGUGGUCCGAUCCAGCAGGAAUAUGGAGCAAUCUUGAUCUUACCCGGCGUAUCUUUCGUUCGAGAAGUAAACCUACUAUCGCUCAGCAAAUCACGGGAAAAGAUGGCGGCCUGACAUGCGAAAUGACAAAGCAGCUGAACGACAAAACACGUGAAGAGUAUCUGAGAUGGGAGCUUGAUAUUCCUGACCUGAUUCGACUUGAAGCCAUCUUGAUAGGUGCGGUCAGCAGAACCACAAAGAGACACCCGAUUGAGGCAAGUGAACAGGCCUGGCUUUAUCUUCGGAGAAUGAUAGUUGAUCGUCCAAAAAAGGAAAAAAAGCUUCUUUCUAAAUUCAUGGAAGGGACGUGGUGCCCCAAGAUAAUAGGAGACCGUGGCUCCGACCCUACCACUUUAGACGACUACGAGGAGAGGUUGAGGAACUUGAAUGCAUUGCGGCAAACUUCUGUCAAUGAGGCGGCGCUCCAAACACUACCGUCAGCCGACGACUUAGACCAAGCCAAUGUUUCCCAAAUCAACAACACCCUAGUGGGGCGAUACAAACGCAUGAUCGGGCUAGGUAACCGAACUUUCUUCAGAACCAUGAACUACUACUUUGGAAUCGCUACAUCUGUGUCACGGCCAGCCGAUGAAGUGUGGAUCUUGGAAGAUGCGAUGACGCUUUUCUUGCUGAGGCCAGUUCCAGUAAGAGGGGAGGUCUAUGUCUAUGGUAUCAUGAACGGUGAGAGAGUAAGAGGCAGUGUGAACCCGGAUUGGAAGUCUAUAUGGCUCAAAUAA